AUGAAGUUCAUUACGGCAAUCUCCUUCCUCUUUGCUGCAGUCGUGUCCGCCCAGUCCUGCGUCGGCGACGAGCUCCAAGUCUGUGAAGGCAACAGGAUCAAGUUCUGUAACCUUGCAAGAAACAAUGUCUUCGAUUACAUGGACUGCGGCAGGCAGAAGUGUCACAACGUCAGUGGAGGAGCAAACUGUCAAUAA